AUGGUGCGUUUACCUGGUCUUCUGUCAAGAUUGGCUUGUCGCCUUGCCAAUCGCCAAUUCGUCUUCACAUUCACAGUCUUGGCCAUCUUCGCAGCCAAGCUCGCACACAUCCACAGCCACCGAAAUGCCGUCGCCACGUCUCGACUACUUACCUUCUUCAGUACAUUCUUUAUUCAAGAUAUUAUUCUUCUUGUAAUUACACGACUCUUCCUCGAACCUCCUCUGACGGCCAAGAUCGCAAACUACAUCAGCACCGCCGUUGCUGGGUUGUUAAUUCUUUACAAUGUCGCCCUCGCAGUUGUCUCCGUUACCUUUUACCUCGUUGCUGGAUCCGAAAUCCAUUGGCAGAACAUCAACAUGGUCUCUGACCCCACGUCAAGAGCUAUCUUCCUCUCCGGCCUCGUUACCAUGAUCAUAGUCGUUGCAGCCCUGAUACUAGUCAGCUGGCUACUACAGAACAUCUGCUAUGCCACCUUCGGUUGGGGCUCUGAUAUCGUCUCUUUCCCAUUCUUGUUCACAGCCAGGAUGGCCAGUCGCCUAUUGAGAAAACGAACUGCCUACGGUCGAAUCCCCGAACCCGAUGUCGAUGGGUCUGAUAGCCAAUACUCCGACGGUGACGACGAUCUUGCGCGAGACUCAAUUGAGUUUGGAAAGUCACAGACUGCCUACUCACGCCUUUCGCAGCGCAUGCGUAAGGCAUGUGGUGUUCACAUGCAACCUUCAACCUUGCGACGUCUCUUCCACAGCAUUCCUUAUCUGUCUUGGCAUGUGGUUAUCUUUGCCCUGUUUGUCUUGUGGAUCGAACGACCCAGCGACAGUUCCCUGACUUUCCUUUCCUGGACCGCUGGACUGCUCCCAUUCGUCGACAUGUCUUCAACUUCACCACUUCUGGACCAACUCCCAACACACUUCAAGGUCGGCAUCCAGCAUGAGUGGGACGAGCGAUCGGCUGUUGCUGAACCACCCAAGUUUGACUGGCUCCCCAAGGGGAAGCCACUGGCUGGUUUUGAGGAUUGGUACACAACUAAUGAGAUGCACUACUCCUCUACCUCGGAUCCUACCAAGAUCUCCAACCUCAAGGAGCCUGUUCUGGAGGAGCUCCGUGGUAAACUUCAAGACGUUCCUGUGAAGCAUGUUAUUAUGUUCCUCCUCGAAAGUACCCGUAACGAUGUCUUUCCUAUCAAGAAGGACGGCCCUCUCUGGAACAAGUUCCAGGAGUCUUACUCGGACAAGAAGAUGCCCCGCGAAGCACUCGACAGGCUAUCUACCCUCAUGCCUACUGCAAACUACAUCACAGGUGACUACGACGACGGUUUUAAACACAAGACGACACCAAAGCGCGGUGGACCUCGAUUUACAAACGCUUAUACCUCAGCUACAUAUACACUGAAAAGUCUCACGGGCACCAUUUGCGGUCUCAACCCCCUGAUCGCAGACUUCAACCUCGACUACAAGCGUCACAUCUACCAACCCUGCCUCCCUCAGAUUUUUGAGGCGAUGAAUCAAGCCGACCCAGAGUCAUCGAAAUGGAAGUCCUACUUCUUCCAAACCGCCACCAUUCAUUACGAUAACCACGACAAACUCAUGGCUGCAAUGGGAUUCCCCGAAGAAAACACAAUUGACCGCGAUUGGCUUCGAAAUGAGAACGCGACACACGGAGCGGUUGAGCUGGAGGAUAUCAACUACUUCGGCUUCCAGGAGGACCCGCUUGAAGAUUAUAUCAAUGAUGCCUUUGAAGAUGCUGAGAAGAACGACGGAAGGGUCUUCCUUACUCACAUCACCAGUACAAGCCAUCAUAGCUAUGGCCUACCUGCCAACGAGACAUCUGUACCCCUCGGUUCUGGCAAGGACAUCAAGGAACUAUCGGACUACGCUAAUGCCGAGGGCUACGAUGAUAAGUGGAUCAAGAAGGUUCUGGACCUUCUGGACAAGAAAGGCGUUGCCAACGAGACUUUGGCCGUUUUCCUUGGUGAUCACGGUGUCUCGUUGGUCGAGAAUGGCAAGGCCUCGCCCUAUUACAACCCUAGCGUUGGAGCAGACCAUGUUCCUCUCGUUCUAUCUCAUCCUCUCCUACCUUCCUUCGACGUCAACGACGCAGUUCACUCCACUCAAGUCCUGCCCACGAUUUUGGACAUGCUUCUCGAAACCAACUCUUUGCAAGGUGUCAGCAAACAAGCUGCCGAGUCCUUACUACCUAAUUAUGAAGGCCAAUCUCUCAUUCGACCUCUCCAAGCGAGCAACAACGAAACAGGCCAAGGAUACUGGCAAUUCACCGUCGUCAACCCUGGCCGAGCCAUGCUCAAUAUUCGCGACGCUCGCCACCCAGAACGUCACUUGACGAUCCCCCUCAUCGAUAACGUCGAGUGGAGACUAAGUGACGUCUCUGUCGACCCGCUAGAAACAGAUGGUAUCCAAGCUUUCGACUUCGUCUCAUUCUUGGAAGCUGUCGAGAAGAGAUGGGGAGUUGAGUGGGCCGAGUGGGUGGAAGAGGGUGCUUUUAUGACGAGCAACAUCAAGAUGGCAAAUGAAACAUAUGAGUCCGUGCUGGCGGAGAUGCAGCAGCGCUCUGAUCUCUUCGAGUACAUGAGCAUCUCUCAGAUCCUAGAAAUGGACGACGAUGGAGCCCAUGAAUUCUCUAAAGAGAUCUUUGCCGACUUCUGCGAUCUAUACGAGCGAAAGUUGGAAGAAUUGAACAAAGCACGAGAGGAAGAAGAUAUGAAUGCCAUAUUUAGCGUCACCUGUUUUCUCAAAGGGCACUGCGCGACCAAUGGUGCCAGAAAUGUUGAAGAUAUCAUGCGUAAGGUCCAGUAUCUUGGAAAGCUUCAGGAUGAGAAUGGGAAUAUGGAACAUUACACUGAGAAACGGGAUGCUCUGAAGCGAAUCAGCGAGAUCUUACAGGGUGGAGACAAGGAUAUUAGUGAUACUCUAAGUUACUAUCGGCGUUUAGUGAAGGUAGCAUGA